CCGCGGCAGGCGCGGCAGGACCGCGUCAAAAUAGCCACGCCCAACCGAAUCGGGCAGUGACAAUAAGCGUUCAACUUGAACACUUGACCCUUCCAAUUGGCAGGAGCCGCAGUUGCAGGAUCAAGAUCCUCAACUCGUUUUCUCAAGAGCUCCCGGCAUUCCGCGCUAUUCAGAGUUAAGUUCUAUGCCACAUCAACAGACUGCUGUAGUAGCAUGACAGAGUGUUCCCUUGAUCCUACAGCAUCGACGUCAGGUUCUAUCAGAGCAAUCGACAGUCAUUCUGUGCAUAGGAUCACCUCUGGCCAGGUAGUCAUCGAUCUACAGACGGCGGUGAAAGAACUUGUCGAAAACAGUCUUGACGCCCGGGCUACAAAUAUCGAGGUCCGAUUCCUCAACUACGGUCUCAAGUCCAUCGAAGUUAUAGAUAAUGGAUGCGGCAUUGCCCCAAAGGAUUAUGAGAGUGUCGCCUUGAAACACCACACAUCCAAACUUGCUGCCUUUGAGGACCUCUCAACCGUCUUGACCUUUGGUUUUCGCGGCGAAGCCUUGUCUUCGCUGUGCGCUCUGAGUGAUGGAGUCACCCUCACGACUGCAACCGCCAAUGAAGCCCCAAUGGGUACCAUACUGGAAAUGGAUCGGAACGGCAGAGUUAGGAAUUCCAAUUCCAAGGUGGCAAGACAGCGGGGAACUACAGUUGCUGUAUCCUCUCUCUUCAAGCCUUUACCAGUUCGACGUAAGGAGCUCGAAAGAAACGCGAAGCGGGAAUUUGGCAAAGCGCUGAAUUUGCUGUAUGCAUAUGCACUAGUUCCGUGCGCAAACGAGAACAGAGGUGUGCGACUGACUGUGAGCAAUCAACCCGAGGGAGGCCGCAAAACCAUACAACUCAAAACCGACGGGUCGCCCUCCAUCAAAGCGUCAGUUACAGCAUUGUGGGGGCCAAAGGGGCUUGACAACGUUGUCGACCUUGAUCUUUCCUUUGAUGUCCUAACGGAGAAGACCGUUCUACGGCGUCUUGACCAGGAGAGCGCCAACGUUACCACAGUGAAAGUUCGUGGACUCAUAUCCAAGUUUACUUUGGGCGCAGGCCGCACAGGAAGUGAUCGCCAAUAUUUCUUUGUCAACGGACGCCCCUGUAACCCUGGCAAGAUUCAGAAGGCCUUCAAUGAGGUAUACAGAUCAUUUAACGUUGGCCAGUCACCCUUUAUCAUAGCAGACUUUGUGUUACCCACUCAGGCCUGCGACGUUAACGUCAGUCCCGAUAAACGCACUAUCUUUCUCCACAGCGAGCAGAAUUUAAUUCAAGCUCUGAAGACAGCUUUGGAAGAGGCUUUUGCUUCAUCUCGCUCGACAUUUGAUGUUGGCACUCAGUCAUUACAGCAACCCACUCUGCACCCAUCAUUCACACCGAAAGCUUCGCUCGCCCAAACAACACGUGCGAGAGGCAGUGGUCGUUCUGCACGUAAGGCCGAUGUCAACCCAGAACUAGAUCAGGCCCAGCCGGACCGUGAAGAUACGCCCAUCACAAUGGGCGCACCCCACUUACUUCUUGAACCGGAGCCGGAGGCACCAUCACAUAGUGAAACAGACCGGACGGCAAUGGAAUCACCAUCCGCACAACCCGAUAUGAUCGGCCAACCGCCACAGCCCUUGUUCUUGCCUGAUCUCGAUGUCGAGGAGGGCGGGGACAACGGACAAGCCACUCGUUCAGCCGAACAUCACGGAUCCCCACAAGAGGACGAGUCUGCCCGCGAGCAAGUUGUUAGCGCCACUGAUCGUAUACGUGUGUCGCGGGUGAUUGAGGAAACGAGAACACGGCCCGCUAGCCAAGCGCCCUUGGUACAGACUAUUUUAAGCACCAAGGGCGCUUCGUGGAACCGAGGACGGUCUGGGGACAGCGAUCUUGAAGAUGAUGGUCCUCGGAAGCGACUUCGUCUGGCUGAACGGGAUGGCAGGACAAAUUUUAGGUUUACGUUGAGUCAGUAUGCAAGGGCUGGAAGCAAGGUAGCCGGAGGGUCAGGGGAUCGGAUCGAAGAUCGUCUUCACACAGUAGACAUGGAUGCCCGACGGAGUUUAUCCGAGGAGAUCGAUGGUGCUGAAGAGCAAGACCAGUUGAUGGAAGACGAAGAAGUGGUGAAAGUAACUUCGAAGACUAGACCAAGACGGAUCUCGAGCCGGGUCAGCAUAACGUCAAAGGAGACUCUUGUUUUACCCGAGGAUGCUAUGGCUAUUGAGAACCCGGGACCCGCCCAACUCCCUCCGGCACAUGAAGAAUGUCCAGCCCCGGAACUGGUCCCACAAGUUGAUGCGACAGAUCAAGACAUGUCUGACAUGAUCGACCUCACAGAAGACGACAUCAGCAUGACUCUAGUCGACACUGACGUCAACACACCAACUCCUCAUUCUCCAAAGGACCGCAUCCCGCCGGUAACCUUGCGCUGUGAUCUCGAUAAGAUCCGCCACACGUGGUUGCAUCUCGAGCGGGCUAAGCCCGCUCCUCCAGAGCUCUCCAGCACAGCUUCUCGAGUCCGCGAUGCGCUAGACACGGCUAACGUGGAAAACGCGGAGGAUAAUGCAAAGGCUUCUGCUGCUCUUUCCCGGAUCAUAUCGAAGACGGACUUCAACAAGAUGCAAGUGGUCGGUCAGUUCAACUUGGGCUUUAUUGUUACUCGGUGGCAGAAAUCCGAGGAAGGGCUGGACGAUCUGUUUAUGAUUGAUCAACAUGCGGCGGAUGAAAAGUAUAACUUUGAGACACUCCAGCAGACGACUGUUAUUGAAUCCCAGAGGCUUUUUAGACCCGAGCCUUUGGAGCUGACGGCUGCAGAUGAGAUUCUAGCAGUAGAAAACAUCGACGUUCUGAAACGGAAUGGUUUUGAAGUUGUACGCCAAGGCGGCGAAGACGACGACGACGAGGGCAGGCUGCAUCUUGUAGCGCAGCCAGUGAGCAAGGGCACUGUUUUCGAUACGAAAGAUCUCGAGGAGCUUAUCCAUCUCAUGCAUGACCGUCCCGUAGGAACUAUGGUAAGAUGUUCCAAGGCGCGAGCCAUGUUUGCUAUGCGGGCGUGUCGUAAAAGCGUCAUGAUAGGCAAAGCAUUGAACGCAAACAGGAUGACUUCGAUCGUACAGCACAUGAGCACUAUGGAUCAGCCAUGGAACUGUCCGCACGGCCGACCGACGAUGCGUCAUGUGUCUGACCUGACCUGCUUUGCAAGGUAUGACCUAUCACCACGUACAGUUGAUUGGACUGCGUUCGGGCCUGGUGCAUAGAUUGCCGGUAUCCACCUUUGAUGUUUCUUGUCUGGGAUAUCCGUUCUCUCAAGCUUGCCCCAUGAUCACCACUAUUUGACUUAUCUGACUGUGUCAUGCGGAUCUACACAUAUCUUUGACUUGUGAUGGUAUAUAUAGUACGUGCGAAUAUACUUGUGCAUUGACUUUCAAAG